CUCAACCAGCGUGGGGUCAGACCAAUCACAGAGCUCGAUGUACAACUUGUCUUUGUCGCCCGGUAGAGCAAAUAUAAGACAACAAAGCUGUCGGGGUAGGACGAAGCUGUUAUGUUACCUCUCGCAUAUCAGGUGCUGUAGUUUUUUAUGACAUGAUGCGCUGCUAGUCGUCUAGUUCAGUCGUUUGGACGAGAACUCGCACACGGACUCAUCGUUUUUAUUUAAUCGACUUCUCCACAUUGUGAUAUGGAAACAGACACGGUGAUUCCUAUCUGGCAGAACAAGCCCCAUGGUUCCACACGCAGUGUGGUACGGAGAAUCGGAUCAACCCUGCCUUUGAAGCCCAGCCCAAGAGCCUGUUUCCAGGCUCUCCCGGGGUUGCCCCCACAGCACCUCACAGGGCCCAUGGUGCCCACGCUGGCGGACAUUGCUUGGAUCGCUGCUGAUGAAGAGGAGACGUACGCCCGAGUCAGGAGUGACUCGCGCCCUUUCAGGCAGGAGUGGAAGCCAACACCCCUGCUGGUUCUCCAUAGAAACUCCUCUGUGCCCAACUUCAGGAGGGAAGGGAAGAAGAUGGAAGGCUUGAAGAAGCCAGGUCAGACUGCACUGAACAGAACCACAGCCCUACAGGACGAGCUCAGUCGACUGCGUGCUCAGAUCGCCAAGAUAGUGGUGGCAGAGUCAGCCCCUGUGACCCCGGACCUCCUGUCCCCAGACGACACCAGCCUGAGUUUUUCGAUGGCCCCCUUCGAGUCCUUCCAGCAGGUGGGCUCGUUCGUGAUCAGCGACCUCUCGGAGGCGGUGCCUGACCUGGAGUCCGACCCCCCUGCCCUCUCCAUGACCGCCUCGGCCACCUUUGAGCUGCAGCGGCCCGGCAUGGACUGCGAGGAGCAGGAGGAGGACACAGUGUCCCUGUCCAAGUCCACCAGCUUCGCUGACGUCAUGGACAUCCUCAAGGACAUGAAACGGAUGAAGAUGAGCAAGGACCGCAGGUUCUCUCGUGGCUGCACCUCCCUUCCAAUCGAGGACUCGGCCUCCCUCAUCUCUGAGGUUUUGAAGAAGAAGUUCACCCUGAAGGACGAGGAUUUCAGCCUUCAGGAAUAGAUUUACCUGUAACAGUAACCAUACCAGACACACAAGACAGUGCUAUGCCAUCAACAGGAAGCCAUACAAACCAACAUCAGCUGGGUUUCAUUGAAACGACCAGAGAGAGAGGUAGCUCAUUUCUGUGCCAUCCAAACCCAAUUCAUUACCAAUUCAACACUCAGAUGGACAAUAUGUUUUUUUUUUUAUUAUUAAUUAAUUUUAUUAAGAAAAAGUCGUAUCUGAACUGUUUCCAAUUUGGUUCUGCUGAGCAUGCAGGGGUUGAUACAAUAGGGAGGUGACAUGGAUUUUCCCCUGCCUGGUGGCUUUUGAGACUGAGCUAAGAUUUGAAACCAAGUGCUCUGGUCUCCUAGUGGGUAGCUAAAACUGUGCCAUAGAUAGAAUUAUAAUUUUAGUCCCACUUGUACCUAGUUUUAUUGCUGGAGGUGGGAUUGGGUCUGUUGAAAGCAUGUAGAUCAGUGUCAUGAGAUGUGGUUUGGAUACCAUAAUCUGCUUAAUCUCUAGUACCGAGCAAAAGGGCACGCUAUCUUCCCCCAGUCGCAAUUAAAUCAUUGACUGCUAGAUGGCACUGUUGUACAGCAAACCACUCUGAUACACUAAAUUAUAUUGCCAGUAAUGCAGGGCUGGAAAGCCAAGUCUUGUACUAAUAGCUAGUGUGAGCACAAUGUAAAAAUUGCAUUUGAUCUGCUGUAUCUGUGAGUGUUACAGGACUUGCAUCCACCAUUGCAUUGAAACCGCAACAAUAAAUGAAACGGGUUAAUGUAAGAGAUCAGUUUAUUUUGGACCAUGCUCUUGGUAGCUUUUUACUCCAAAGUGUGCACCCAAACUGGCAAUGUUUUAAAACUAGAACGAAACACGACGACUCCUCAAAAUGUAAUAUAUCUUUAUCCAUCUUCUGGUUUUUGUGCUGGUGUGUUUUUUCCUUUUGUAGAAAGUGAAGAUAUUUGCACCCUGGAGUAAAAUGAAUAAAGAGGGCCCUUGUGUUUUAUAACCCCUAA